AUGGAAGAGACGAAGAUUAUCUAUCACAUGGACGAUGAGGAGACACCGUAUCUAGUAAAGCUCAAUAUAUCGCCAGAAAGGGUAACCCUUGCCGAUUUCAAGAAUGUUUUAAAUCGGCCGAAUUACAAGUAUUUCUUUAAGUCAAUGGACGAUGACUUCGGCGUGGUAAAAGAAGAAAUUAUAGAUGAUGAUGCUCAUUUACCAUGUUUCAAUGGUCGAGUUGUCUCUUGGCUGGUAUCCGCUGAAGGUAGCAAUGUCUCGGAUGGUGCAUCCCAAUGUACAGAUUCCAUGGCACACAGUGAAGCGAAACAUGAUCGUGUAGAUCAUGUAACUCCUGGACAUGGUAAUAGAGGAACAGCUCCACUUUCACACGACGACACAUUAACAGAGACAGAGAGUAUAAUAAGCAGUCGACAAGGACAUCAUUUACAUAAAAGCUCGAGACAUCAUUCGGAAAAAUAUGAAAAGUACAACAAAUAUAAUGGACUUCGUAUAAAUGGUCAUUCGAAACAUCGCUCUGGUCAUGGAUAUGAAACUGCUUCCAUCUUAAGUUCAGAUUUAGAAACAACAACUUUUUUGGAAUCUGAUGACGAUGCGAGCAGUCGUAUCACAUCGACGACGGGUCGUCAUACUAAUAUGAGUAGCACAGUUGAUAGAGGCACUUUGGAUCGACGUCGACCGCAAAGAAAACGACGACAUAGAUUACCACCCAUGUCACGAACAUCAUCGUUUAGUAGUAUUACUGACAGUACAAUGUCCUUAAAUAUUAUAACUGUUUCACUGAACAUGGACACUGUUAAUUUCCUUGGUAUUAGUAUUGUCGGGCAGAGUAACAAAGGUGGAGAUGGAGGAAUAUAUGUUGGUUCAAUAAUGAAAGGAGGAGCAGUUGCUUUAGAUGGUCGAAUAGAACCUGGUGACAUGAUUCUUCAAGUCAACGAUAUUAAUUUCGAAAAUAUGUCUAAUGACGAGGCAGUGAGGGUAUUACGCGAAGUAGUGCAAAAACCAGGACCAAUAAAACUUGUAGUUGCAAAAUGUUGGGAUCCAAAUCCUAAAGGUUAUUUUACGAUACCUCGCACAGAACCAGUACGUCCCAUAGAUCCUGGUGCAUGGGUAGCGCACACGGCCGCUAUACGAGGUGAAGGUUUUCCACCUCGUCCACCAAGUGCCACAACGUUAACUUCAACAUCAAGCAGUCUGGCGAGCACUUUGCCAGAUACCGAACGACCAUUGGAAGAGCUUCAUUUAACAGUCAACACCGACAUGCCGACAGUAGUACGAGCAAUGGCUCGAUCUGAUUCAGGCUUAGAGAUACGCGAUCGAAUGUGGCUUAAAAUUACCAUUCCAAAUGCAUUUAUCGGUGCGGAUGUUGUGGACUGGUUGAAUACGCAUGUGGAAGGAUUUAUUGAUCGGCGUGAUGCUAGGAAAUAUGCAUCACUCAUGCUGAAAGCUGGCUUCAUUCGGCAUACAGUGAACAAAAUCACAUUUUCUGAGCAAUGUUAUUACAUUUUUGGUGAUCUAUGUUCAGCCAUGAGUAGCAUGAAAUUAGAUUGUGAUACAGUUGGUCCCUUGCCACCACCAAAUGCUUGGGACAUGCCUUAUUCGGGAACAUAUGCACCACAUUCAGCAACUGGUUACAGUCCCAUGCCAUUUAAUUUCACAAAUGAGCCCACUGUUUAUGGUUACCAUCGAGAAGAGAGCGUGCAUAGUGGUUCGGGUGGUAGCAGUGCAGGUAGUGAACGUAUAUGCAAAGAACCUAUUCACGAUUUAAAAUCAUGCUCUUCGGCAUCAGAAUCAGAAUUACAUAAUCCAUCAAUGCCCUCAAUGCCAAGUAAAAAUUCCGGCAAUGGUAAUGGAUCGAAUGGAAAGAGAUCUAACGGAAGUCGCAGUCGUUCUAGUGGUUCCGAGCAAUCUGUUCAAACGGGAACAGGAUCAGGCAAUCAGCAGAAUCAGCAAGAUUUAUCUGGAUUAUCUACAACAAUGGGGCAGCUAUUUCUUUAAAAUCGAGAGGAUAUUGUUUCGAAAUAUCCCCCUCCCCCCUCUCAUCACUAAUUCGUUAAUUUUUAUUUUGAAAAUAUUUGGUACAAUUUAAAAAACUUUUAUAUUUGAAAAAGUCAUUCAUGUAUAGAAAUUGUUUAUCCUGAUUAAAUUGUUAACUGAUUAAGAAAAAACUUACGAUAUCCACAUGCAGAUUUUUAUACAUAAUAGUACGUUUCAUUUGAUUUAAGUUAUUAUAUAUUAAAUUUUUAAAUCGAAAAUAUAAAUCGUACUUCUUGCAAUAUACGACAUUGUAUUAAAUUCAAUGAAAUGUAUAUACAUGCAAAUUAUGCUCAUGCUAAAUGUGCCAUCUUAUCAGUGUUAGAAAUAUAGAAAGCUGCGAGAUUUAAUUUAUAUUAAUGCUUGCAGGUGUGUACGUCCUUAGAUUAUUUUAUU